GAUUCGUCCCCAAAAACAUCUACCACACGAUUCGCGCCAUCCUUCGCCAUCCGUGUGGCCAUCCGUUGCCAUGGGUUUCCUUGAAGAGGCCACGCCCAUGUCCUGGGCGGAAAGCCAAAAGCACUUCGAGGCACUCAAGGCGAAUGGCAUCGAACAGUUCCUGACGAUCUGGCGGCAGCACUCCGAGCGGGAGGACCAGGAGAUGCUGUGGGGCGACGAACAGGAAUAUGCUUUGGUGGAAGUGGGUCCCGGAGCCGAUGACGUACGACUACUCCUUCGCGCUCAUAUGGCGUUACAAACGCUGAAGGGGCGCAGUGAGGCAUACGAGGCGAAGGUGACCUCGAGUGCUCUUUGGAGUCCUGAGAUGGGCAAUCACAUGGUGGAAGGCGUCACGAAGCCGCCGUACCAAGCGUCCUUGGAUGAGAUCGACCUGGUGGAGGAGUCCUUGGCCUUCCGCCGUCGAGAGCUCAUGGAGGUGGCCAACGGCUUGGGCUCGGAACGGGGCUGGCAGGGCUUGGUGUGGACCUUCGCCAACUUCCCACUGCUUGGCACUCCUGGUGGCCAAGCGCCUGCGCAGCCGGCGUCGCCCAAGCGAUCGGACGGCCUGGGCUCCAGAUCCCGCUUCGUACCUGAUGAGGUCAUCACACCUCAUCCACGUUUCUUGGCCUUUGUGGCCAACAUCCGAACCCGCAAGGGCGCGAAGACCGCCGCCCUGCUGCCGUUGGCCACGGACGCCUCGGGCACGUGCGAAGAGGCAGAGGAGAUCUCGGAGAAGCUGCCUUGGGAACUGGAGGACGGUGUCGUGCAGCAAUAGAAGAACGCGGAUGCAGACGCUGUCAACUUCUGGAAUUUGAAUUAAAAACAUCCUCAUGUUUUCUCAACUACCUUUGGCAGACCAUCCAUGGUGUAGUCCUGGCUUUUGAAGGCCUGUUGAAACCACUGCUUGGACCCAGGCAGGACAUGGCAUGACCGUCCCCAAUAGGUUCC